GUGUUUGUCAAGGGCUACAACGAAACUGUGUAAUGCCGGCGGGGUACUUGAGGACCUGCGUUGGGAAACACUGCAGUAGAGAAGGCUUUUUAGGUAGUUCAUUUAAAUGUUGGUCCUAAUUCCCACCUUUAAUGACAACAUUUUCCUCAAGAGGUCAAAGGUCAUCUUCCUCAGGUCCUGUUUGAUUUCAUUAAAGAAGGUUAUUAGUAGCAUACAGUGUGAGGGCCUUUCUGUUCUUGUAUGUAUCAUUAGUCAAGCACCUACAUUUUGGACUAUGUCUACAUAAGUGUGUAUGACCACAGGUGUUUUAAUUUGAAUGUUGGACAAGGUUAUAGUGUUUGAUCAAACAUUGGACAUGUAGGUUCGAGACCACUCAGAUAUAAUGGCAACCUGUUCUUCCUUGAUUUACUAUGAAUCGGAUGAGCACAUUGUCAAUAUUGGGCCAAAUUCAGCACUAUCAUGAAUAGGCCAAAGGCUAAGGGUCACUUUUAUUAUCGUAACCAUAGUAAUGACCUUAUGACCUGUUGAUGCCAAAAUUAACAUCCUACAGGACACAUUGUCUGGUCACAAUGUAUGGGUAGUUAAGUGUUAAAUCUAUGCCCUUAUAAUGAAAAUACAAAGUAAUGCAUUCCGUUAGAUUCUUUUUUAUUUUGGGCAUUUAUUCCCAUGUGGCAAAGCUUAACAUUCCAGGCAUUGAAUUCCCAGACGUUCUGUCCAUGGCAAAGAAUGGCUAAUUGAUUAUACAGGUGGGGAGGCUUACCUUUCUCAUCUACAGUGCUAUCUAUAGUAUGUGCUCCUAUAUUUACAGCGGCGGCUGAGCACAUGACUGUUGGUGUCACUGUGUUUGGUAUGUAGUUGCCAUGCCAUUGAACUUACAUAACUAGCCUCACAGUGAUGUUUGGCAAACAUUUAGCUGAAUUUGAAAUGUUUUUCUGUUGUUUUUGGUGAGUGAAGUACCCUAUAGUAAUUUGGUUAGCUGGCAAUAUUAGAUAAAGUAACGCGACAUCAAGAACUGUGUAAUAGACUGUGUCAAAUAUUUCAAAAUGAUAGAUGUUCAACCUGACUGUUUACAUCUACAGUGUGCGUGAAAAGACACAGGUGUGGCAUUGCUGUUCAUAAAGCAGAAAGACAGAAGUGGAGUGUUUCUCGUUAACGGGACGAGGAAACUGCUUCGGGGCGGUAACAGGAAGAGCACAGCGGCUUACCAUUGGCUCCCAUCCAUCCCGAUCUCAUGACGCAGACCCAUGGGGGUGUGCUUUAGGAGAAAUCAGCUGGAGAAACAAUAACACAGACGGCUGCCUCAUAGGUGGCACAGUUAGAACUAGCAAUGGUUAAUAUUUCACCAAAUAUCAGCAGUUUUAGGUAAAAGCUCAGAGUUAGUGCUUUAGCUGGAUGCAAAUCAGUUAGUGAGCAGCCUGCAUUCAUUGUAAGAGAACAGCGAGAAGAAGGAAGAUGCUAUCUUUGUGACAGCGCUGAGUUUUUGGGCAACAUUCACACUAACGUUAGUUCUCUCAAGGCUCUUGAGUUAGUUGCCAACUAACUCUUCCUCCCUCCACUCCUCUCCCGUGCUCGGUCCAACUACGCGCGGAGUGGCAUGUGGGUCAAUACCGGAACAGUCGGAAGGGCCCUCUCCAUGGAUAUAGACACAGACUAUGAGCGGCCCAAUGUGGAAACCAUUAAAUGUGUUGUGGUAGGGGACAACGCGGUGGGCAAGACUAGGCUCAUCUGUGCCCGCGCCUGCAAUGCCACCCUCACACAGUACCAGCUGCUCGCCACCCACGUGCCAACUGUCUGGGCCAUUGACCAGUACCGUGUGUGCCAGGAGGUGUUGGAGAGGUCACGGGAUGUUGUGGAUGAGGUCAGUGUGUCCCUGAGACUAUGGGACACCUUCGGUGACCAUCACAAAGACAGACGCUUCGCGUAUGGCAGGUCUGACGUGGUGGUGCUGUGUUUCUCCCUGGCCAACCCCAACUCCCUGCGCCACGUCCGUACCAUGUGGUACCCUGAGAUUAAGCACUUCUGCCCCCGCACCCCUAUCAUCCUGGUGGGCUGCCAGCUGGACCUGCGCUACGCCGACCUGGAGGCUGUCAACCGCGCCCGCAGACCCCUAGCCAAACCCAUCAAGCCUACAGACAUUCUACCUCCAGAGAGAGGCCACGAGGUGGCAAAGGAGCUGGGCAUUCCCUACUUCGAGACCAGCAUCGUGGCCCAAUUUGGGGUAAAGGAUGUGUUCGACAAUGCUAUCCGUUCUGCCCUUAUCUCCCGCCGCCACCUCCAGUUCUGGAAGUCCCACCUGAAGAGAGUCCAGCGGCCCCUCCUCCAGGCCCCGUUCCUGCCCCCCCGUCCCCCUCGCCCUGUGGUUGGCAUCCCCGACCCCCCUCCCAUCGACGGAGAGGCCCCUGACUCCCUCUUCUGCCAGUCGCUGUGCGCCGACGUUCUCUUCCUCCUCCAGGGCGGUGCCACACGCGUCUUCGCACACAAAGUCUACCUGGCCACAUCCUGCUCCAAGUUCUAUGACCUCUUCACCCUGGACCUGCUGGCUACUGAGUCAGAUUGGGAGGGAGAGGAGCGAGCCGAGAGCGGGGAGGAGGACGAGCAGAGCAGGAGAGGGGCCAAAGAGCAGGCGGGGCGCACUAAGAGCUUGGACAUCGAUAAGGAGGGGGAGGGGGGUGCCAGGGGACUCAAACGGCCACCCAUCCUCCAGCAGGGCUCCCUGAGAACUUCCAAAAGUGAUAACGCUCUCCCAGCCAGGAGCCAGUGCCCUCUGGGGCCCCUGGGAGCCGGCCGUGGCCUCUCGGGAUGGGAGAGGGGCUUCCUGAGUGUGUACUUGGAGCACAUAGCUGACCCUGAGACGGGGCGACUUCGCCUCAUGACCGUGGUCUCCAUGGACAGCCUCAUACAGGAAGAACCCUUCCAGGCGGUGCUGCAGUACCUGUACACAGGCAGUCUGGACGAGAGCCGAGGGGACCUGAUGCAGGUGGCCACCAUCGCCGAGCUGCUGGAGGUGUUUGACCUGAGGAUGAUGGUGGCCAACGUGCUGAACCGUGAAAGCUUCAUGAACCAGGAGAUCACCAAGGCCUUCCAUGUUCGCCGAGCCAACCGCAUCAAAGAGUGCCUCAACAAGGGCACCUUCGCCGAUGUGGUGUUCCACCUGGACGAUGGGUACCUGCCGGCCCACAAGCCCCUGCUCAUCUCCAGCUGCGACUGGAUGGCGGCCAUGUUCCGGGGAUCCUUCAUGGAGAGCUACAUCGAGGAGGUGUCCAUCCCUGACACCAGUAGCUCCUGUAUGCGUGCAGUGUUGGAGUUCAUGUACUGUGGGCUGCUUUCGCCCUGUCCUGACCUGGAGCCUAUUGAGCUUAUCGUCCUAUCCAACCGGCUGUGUCUGCCACGCCUUGUUGCCCUCACAGAGCAGCAUGCUGUGAAUGAGCUGCUCCAGUGGUCGAUGAAGGGAGUGGACAUCGACGGACAGGUGCUGGCUUACCUGGAGUUGGCUCAGUUCCACAAUGCCAAGCAGUUGUCUGCCUGGUGUCUCCAUCACAUCUGCACCAACUACAACAGCGUCUGUCGCAAGUUCCCUAAAGACAUGAAGGUCAUGUCUCCAGAAAACCAGAGGCACUUUGAGAAGCAGCGGUGGCCUCCAGUGUGGUUCCUGAAGGAGGAGGACCGCUACCUGCGCUCUCAGAAGGAGCGCGAGCGUGAGGAGGAGAUCCUACGCAAGCUGCGCACCAAGAGAGGCUGGUGCUUCUCGAGUCACCCGUCCUCCUCGCCCCAUGUCUCCUGAGGCUGUCACCCCUCCAUGACUCCUCCUGCUUCUGACCUCUCACCCCUCACCCCAGACUGAGGAAGCCAGCUAUGAGUCUACCACCUCUCCAUGACGGGAGAGCGAAGUCUCCCUUCUGUACGAUUGUGUGUGGGUGUGGGUGGGUGGGUAUAGACCAGGCUUGGGCAGUUCUCUGUGCCCAAGAUGGUUUCACCUCGCUGGGCCUCAGUGACAAGUCCAGUGUUGCCUCCUCCCCCUGAGAUCCACCCACCAGCCUGGGGGUGACGAGACUGGGAACAAAAGGGCUCUCUCUCUCUCUGCCCCUCAGUCACACAGAAGCUAAAGACCAUUCCACAGACCACUGCUAAGACUCCCCUAUGGGGAGGUUACCACUGCCUUCACGUCUAUUAGACUGUUAGCACACUGGACAAGACCAGCAGCCAUGGGGCGCCAGCUCUGCUUCAACACACAUGGAAGGAUGCUUUCUUUGGUUUUAUUUCGCUUAGGGAUUUGAAAUUAGAGUAGAGCCCAUCCCAGAGUUGGGUGUUUUGCCUCAGAGUCUCUGACCACCACCUAUGCCUGUCUGACUUCUCUCCCACAUACUUUGUCCUCCACUUUGGACAGGUUUGACACCAUUUUGUUUUCUCCCGGGUUUCAUCCCAGUGAAGCUCCAUGUUGGAGGUUUGAAUCCCAAAUGUUGCCCUAGACUGUUCUAGAAUCAGCUGUGCAAGGGAGGGGCAGUAGACGUGGUAGUCUGGGUUUAGGUACCAGCUCAAGCAAAGGUGGUGGUUUGUGGUUCAAGCACCCAUCGUGAUCCCCCACAUAACACCAAGAGGAGAGGCCAACAGUGCUUAACAAAUCCCCCUCAAUGACAUUCAAAGUGAACACUUGAUAGCAAUUCUGGAUCAGAGGGCUAUUUUAUACCACUGCCAUGGGAGGGAGUAAGAAGCCGAACUGAACAGAUUUCUUCUUGCUCUGUCUUAAUUGACCACUAGGGUGCCCCUCAGCCAGCUUGCCUUAACUCCCCCAUACCACAGGGGGCAGCACUGCUCAGGGUUCCAUCAUCAACCCUCACCGCGAGCAAACAGGAGUUUUCUCCCCUGCCUGCAUAUAUCCUUAAUUCUAGUUUCUUUUAACUUUAUUUUAUUACAGCUGUAUUUUAAAGUCAACUGUAGUCUUUUGUCCUCACUGAGUGUUGAAAGCACAUGUAUUAUACCAAAAAAUGAAGCUGUGACAUGUUCUCUCCCUCCUGUCUCCUUGCCAUCCUCUCCUUGCCUCCUCCAUAACAUGGCAAAUAUGGGGAGGAAGGGAAUAAGGUAUUAGGAAUAGAGGAAGAUAACUUUUUCAUCCCCCUCUCAGCAUGUUUUUAUAAAGCUGCAAUGUCAGGUAAAACCCAGGUGUCACUGCAGGACUUCUACUCCUUUAGCUGGAAUUGAAAAUGGUGCUCAGGAUGUCCACUAAAAAGACAGUAUGUUUAUGACACACAGAGUUAAACAUACAUACAUGCACACACACAAUUUACACUUGUACCUGUCUUUUCGGUCCACUAUUUUUUGGGGGUUUAUGUCUGCCCAGUCCAUCAUCAGUGUUAAUAUACGGAAAUCUUUCAAUCUACACAUAUAGUGUUACAUUCAGAUGUGAUUCACUAGGGUUAUUUUUUUCUUAUUCAACGGUGUCUAAUAGACUACGUUAGUGAAUAUAUUCAUAGUAUUAUGAAUUUCAAUGUUGGUCUUUUCAGUGUGAGUAGAGCUACGCUUUAAAGUUGAAUCUUUCCAUUUAUUUAACUACAUGCUGUAGUUUUCAAUGCUGUAUUAGACCAAAUAUUUCACUUGCUUUCAAUCUCUUGCGCUGCAGAGUGCAUUUCUGUUUUCAUUGUGAGGGAGUGUGCUGCUUCAAUCAUUUGUUAACAAACGGAAUGUGUAGUUCUGUCUUUUAGUUGAAUGCUAUGGAGUUGGAUUUUGGACUGCUGAGAACAUCUUAAUAACCCACUGCACCUUCAAGACCUUAAUUAAUCCAAGAUAUUGUGUAUUACAACAGGCAUGUUGGAAGAAGAAAACAAUAACUAACAAAGCAUUAUUACUGUAUUUUAUUGCCUUCUUUUUGCACAAAAGUGGUAGUUAUGUGAAAAAAGAAGACUUUGUCACACGUUUUUCUUUACCACCUUUGUUCUAUUUGUGGGUUUGAGAUUUCCACCCCCGGCUUUACCCAGGUGACUGUGGGAGAUAGAUGGAUGGCGUGAAACGUAGCUCUUUUUUUUUUAGCUUUUCUUCACGGGAUGCGUGUCCUAGUCAUCAACAGCUACUGAAAUAGCUAUGCGAUAGGAUCUCACGAGACCCAAGUGAGAAUUGGGCUGAUUUUACCCCCAAAAAAGAUUUGAAUUGGAACACUGAAAUAGUCCUUACGCCCCUAUUUCGGACUAGGAUAUUGGAACAUUAAUCUGGGGUUGACAUGGGGACAUAGAGAUAUUUGACUUCCAUGACACCUUUCAAUGCCCCAAGGAUGAGCUAUUAAAGUUGUCUUACUAAUGGUAGACAUGCCCUACAAAGCCUUCCCUCAUGGAAGUGCACAUCCACUAUUAGGAAGUGGAGUAUACUCAAAAUAUACAGUGUAAGGUAGUGGUAUACAGUUGCAGACAGGUUCUGGAAAGGAUAAUAGUAGAGCUGAUUGAUUCAGUCUCUGGUAAUGCUUACACGCCCAGUCUCACCCACCCAGGCCAGAGAGGCAGGCCUCUCCCUCGUCUUCCUCCCACGUCGGAUUCUCCCUCCGGGGCUGCAGAGCCCAGCGCUGCUCCUGGAGAGUCUCUGGGUCUUCGGGUGGUCAGUGAAAACACAGGCCUUAAGUUAGUAGGUGAAGGGGCUGUCAGUAUUGUAAGUUCUCUCAGUCUGUUUCUGUUUGGGAAACUGAUUUAGUCUGCCACUACAAACCAGCAGAUUACCCUCUGUAAUGCCCUAGAGACCAAGGUUUAGACACCUGUGAUCUAGGGGAUGCUAAAGCUUACUAUGAGAAUACUGGUUGCCUUGUGUGAAUGCUGUUCAACACUUGUGGGAUGUGGUUAUUAUUUCUGCGUCAUGGCCUAAUUUUGGUACUGUAAUGGCACUUUUCUCAGAUUUUCAUUAUCGGAUUGCACUUUCCUUCCUUUUGUGUCUUUUUAGCCGUGACUUUUUGUGCUUGCAUGGACAAUUCUUUAACAAGGUUGUUUUAAAAAUGUGAUAUUUUGUAGCACGGGGAUCUUCCUUUCUCCCUUAACUGUCCAUGUGGCUUUCUGGGCUUUAUUGAGUGUGUAUCUCUCUCAUCAUGCUCACAUACAAAGGUAAACUGGGCUCAGCUGUCUAUUACGUGUGAAGCCUCUCAAGUCAAUCAUAAUAAUUGUAAUUGUACAUAAUAUUAUCCUCAUACGUUCAGUUGUCUUGAGAACAGCCUAAAUGUAACAUCGUUGGGAUCUCAGAAUAGCAUUGAGGGUACACAGGAAUAUGUGUACAUGUCAAUAACUAAUGACAAUAGUUAUUGACAUUAGCAAGAUGUGUUGCUUCUUGUACAGUGUUAAAGCAGUAUUUUACCAGGUGUGGGACCAUGGUUUCUCCAGGAUUUGACAUCUCUGGUGCUAGUACAGUACAUAGUUUGUACUCACGUUCUAACACUAUAUGAAUUCAUAGACCUUGGGAAUGUCCUAUUUAGAAAUCGGACAGCCUUGGGAGCUACAGUGAGAGGAAUGUUUUGAUUGGGCUGAAAUGCAUGGAAACAAAUUACGAAGUUAAUCUUUGGCUUUGAACAGCCAUCAAUAUUUGACCCACAUUGCCCCCUAUUAGCCCAAUUCUGUAACUAUAAUUUGAAACAUAACAUUAAGUCCAUACUCUUUUGAUGUCACUUUCACAUCACCUUCAUUUGUAUCAGCUCAAGAGUGUGGUAUUGGCCAAAGAAAACAUAAGUAUCGCUGAGAAUUUGAAGAAUAUUUUCGAACAUGCCGCUUAUUGACAGAGGAGAACCCCUUGUUGUUGUUGUUGUUGUUGUUGUUGUUGUUGUUGUUGUUUGCCCCUAGUCUGGCGUCUCCUGUGCCUUUUGAGAUAACCUCAUGCUGUUACCUGUCUCCCUGAGCCCUCUUGUAGAGCCCCUAGCGGUCAAACGGGGAAAUGGUUCCAAUCGUUUUUUCCACCAUUCAUUUUUCUGUUAGGGAAUUUUAGAAACACUUAAAAUACCGUCUGUGUUUCAUUUAGGCUUACCCUGGCUUGGGGUUUUGAUAACCAUGUAAAUAUCUGUCGGACAAGGUAACUUUUAUCAAUAUAUUUAGCUCUAUUUACUCUCAGAUUCGAAAAUUCGAAUUAGCAUCAAAGUAGACAUCAUGCAAGUCUACAAAUCCCUGCAAGCUCAUGCACGUCAUCUGUAACUGACAGCUUUGCUAACUGGUUUUGUGUCAAUUUAAAACAUUCACAAGGCAGUUUACAUAAUUGUCAAUUUAAAUAAAUGUUGACAAUUUAUUUAUUAUUACAUUUAGCUAACAUUAGAUAGUUAAUCCAGAUAUUCUUACCUUUGCCUCGAUUCGGCAGUCUCGCCCAGAUCAUCAAAAGCAUUUGUAGUUCUUUAUGAUAGCCACAAAUUAGCAUUUUAUUUUUGGGGGGGUAAAUACAGGCAAAUAUAUUGAUAAAAGUCACAUUGUCCUAGAGAUUUACACGAAACACAGCCCUUAUUUGAAGUGUUUCUAAAAUCUACGGUAAAAAUGAAUGGUGGAAAAACGAUUAUGACUCAUACCAUGGUACUCUAUAGGCUUACUGUACACAUGAGGAGGGGCCUCCAAACCACUGGGUUCAGGUUGGCACCCACCAUGCAGGCUAAAAACACAUGCGCACACACAUUUGACCAGGCAGGUUUCCUCCUUGUCUUUUAGUGCCUGUGGAUUGACCAAUGAUUCCGCCAUCCUAAGCUGUGUACCAAAGGGGCUAUGCUGUUGAGGCCUACAGUAGUCUACAGUAGCUGUGGGGUACACAGUGCAUAAGGCCCCUGACUUGGAGCUUUACAAAUAUGUCACCCAAACCUUGUCGUCACAUCAUCCAUACCAAGCUAGGCUGUAGAUACUAAAUUGUUGAGAAGACAUUGAGAACCAACAGAUUUCAGAUUCAUGAACAAACUGAUCUUUUGCACUUGGCCGUCUGUCAAGGCAUGCACUUUGUCUAUUAUGUAGCCUUAAGUUUACACCGUGUGUGUACUAAGGGAUUAUUAAACCAAGUUUUACCAGCUUGCCUCAGCAGUCACAAAUGGCUUCAACCCAACUCUGGCUCCUGCUCUCUCUCUCUCUCGCUCUCUCUCUCUCCCUCUCCCCUUGUGGCAGAGAUGGCACUAGUGUAGAACUGGGCUAUUCAUUAGAGAUGUAGUGAACCUUCCCAAGGUGUAGGGCGGGGAGUCCCACUAGUAAAGGAGACAGUACCACAAAAUGUGAUGUUGAGCACUACAGUGUCUACCAUUUUUUUACACAAAAUGGCGAAACUGCUCCUCUGCUGCAAUGAUACUCUACUGUUAAUUUUGUAAACCUGAUCUCCACUUGUUUGACCCGCGUUCACUUGCUAGUCGGAACUCGGAAACUCCGAAAUUUCCGACUUGCUAACUUGUUGAACGGGGCAAGUGUAUAACUACAACCAGUUAGCAAGUCGCACAUUUCAGAGUUUUAAUAGUUCCAAUUGGCACAUGAAUGCGUCAUUAACCCAGGACAGAGAGAGCUGGGAGGGGGAGGGACAGAAGCCUUAGUAGGUUGUAGGGGUAUCUCUGCUCUGUGACAUUUUCAGUGUGACUUAUACAUAGUAUUAAUAUGCACUUUUGUUUCCCUCUUCUCGUUUCAAAUGAAUAUUGAUAUUAACUGCUUGUGUUAAUAUGUUUAUGAAACUGAAAAAGCACACAGACACACACAACACACCACAUACACACAAUAUUAAGGGCUUUUUUAAAAGACAACAAUCAGAAUGUUUUGCUGCUUUUGCAAAAAUGUUUUGAAUAAUCCUAUUUGUUAACCACUGAUUUGUAAAAAAAAAGGAAGCAAAAUAUUUUUUUGGGGCCGUUUCAGUAUUUUAAUGUUUCACCUGGCUUUUAAUUAAACCCUAAGUAAAUAUUA